AUGGCGUCUUUAACAUCAACAAAAACACAAUGUGCCACGUGCGGUAAUAAAGGUGUAGGUAUUUUCAAAUGUGAAGGAUGUUCGGCAACAUUUUGUCGGAAACAUGCUAAUGAACAUCGAGAUAUGCUUAGCCAUCAAUUAGAUGAAAUUGUUUUUGAACAUGAUGCUCUACAACAAACAAUUAUUGAUCACAGUAGCCAAGAGAAGAAUCAACAUUUUCUUAUUAAGCAAAUUAACCAGUGGGAACAAGAUUCGAUUAUAAAAAUUCAACAAGUAGCAGAAGAAACACGACAACAGGUAGAAUUAUUGAUUAGUUCACAUAAAGGAAAUGCAUCGAAAGAGUUGUUUGAUCUCGCCGAACGAUUACGAAAAGCUCGAAUCGAUGAUGACUAUGUUGAAAAUGAUCUUUGUACAUGGACAACUAUGUUAGAAAAACUAAAACGUCAUGUUACUAGUAUUUCUCGUUUGAUUAAUAUUUAUGAAGAUCCAACAAAAAUACUUGUCGCCAAAAUAUGUAUCUCCGAAACAAAGUCAUAUUUGAAACAGAAUGAAAAAUUUGGAGAAUCGGUUCGUAAUAUUCUUAUUGAAGACCAUGGUUAUGUGGCUAUUCAUACUGAUUCAAAAAGAUGCGAGGGAUUUGCGCGUGGAAUAUGUGAAUACUCAUCAGGUAAGCAUAAAAUUCAAUUUGUUUUAAAGCAAACAACGGCGGAAUACUAUUGUCUCUUUGGUAUUAUGUCGAAAACAAAAUCAAUCCCACAGACGGAAGCCGAAAUGAAAACAUCAACAUAUGGUUGGUGCACCAAUGACAAAGCAGUUUCUCCUCAUGGUUGCUCACAAGUUAGUAAAGACUUUCGGGAUAUGAAAUGCCAAAUUAAAUUUGAAAUUGAACUUUUUCUUGAUUGUGACAAUCAAAAAAUCAUCUAUUUCAAUCAACAAACAAAAAAUACUCGAGAAAUGAAUGUUGAUGUCGCAGUAUGUUCAUUUCCUUGGCAGUUACUAUUUUAUCUAUAUGAUGUUGAAGAUCGUAUUCAACUUAUAUCUUCAAGUCAAGAAUUAUAA